AUGGAAUGGAGGCCGGCGACGAAGGGGAGCCAGGCGGCCAGCAGAGGUCGGUGUCGCGGCGCGCACGGCUGGGAGAAGACGACGGACUCUGAAAGCUCCUUGUCAGCUCGCCUGGAAGAAAGCUCCUUGUCAGCUCGCCUGGAAGAAUACGACAUCGGUGGUGUAGUAGAAGGCAGGGAAGGACUGGGCGUGUGUGGUCUGCCGGAGGUAGGGGAUGGGCAGAGGCCGAGCUGGGCUGGAGCGCGGCUCCUGCCAGAGGUGGAGGAUGGGCGGAAGCCAGCGUGCUGCAUGCACGACGCGGGGAUGGAGCCGAGGCCGGGCUGGGCCACUACGCCAUCUCCUAAUCUUUCUUCUCACGGUCACCUGCCCAGCUCCUCUAUCCUUCUCCCCUUCCUCCAAAUCAAGCCACAAACCCUAGACUUCUUCCUCUGCGCCGCCCCUCUGCUCCUUUCUGAUUCUCCACAAAAAUCAGAGAGGGACUUCGGGAGAAAGUCUUCAGUUUCAUCAGACAAAACCGCUAAGAAAUCCUGCCGGAGAUCGCCGUCCUUGCCGUUGUUGUUCGCCGCUGCUCGCUGCGCCGAGCGCGGGGAUGGAGCCGCCGUGGUGCCCUCUUCCUCCUCGCUGAACCGGAGCCGGAGCUGCUCGAGGACGCUGCCGCCACCAAGACGUACCUGGAGCGCCGCCGUGUACGCCAACGACCUCCGUCUCGCCCCGCCGUCGUCUCCAUCCUCCCCAACCUCUCCCUCGACGUGCUCGUCGUUGUGCCACCAGAGGCGCAGCAGCCGUCGAUCUUGGUCGAGUUUCCCUGUUUCCUUCAAAGGACCAAGCCCCUCUCUUCAAUCAUCUACUGGUCCAGCUGCUAGCCGGUUAAAUCUGCACGAAGACGCCGGUACCGAGGAGUACGGCGAGGAGUACGACUACUACCCCGAGGAGGAUCGUGCCGGUUUCUCUUCUUCUGACUUGACAGGAUGCCUCCAAGGCGCGCACCUCCGCCCCCUCCACCUCCACCUCUGGAAAUUGGGCAAGCUCUGCUGAAUGUGACUCAGAUUCUAGCGCA